UACGUGCUUAUACUUCCGGACCGACCUUAAAAGAAGUUGUCGAGCUGUUUGUUCCUCUUCGUGUUACUUUGUUGACCGCAACCAUGAAGACUCUCUUCCGGCUUACCUGUACGCUCCUCCUCCUCGCGACCUCCUGCUGGGCCGGUGUGCCCCCCCACGACCAGGUGGCCCGGGUCGCCCGCUUCAUCGCCCACCUGGUCGACUGGACGUCCAUGGCCACCAUCAGCAGCCACACGCCGGUGGCGGGGCAGCCCUUCUCUAACGUCUUCUCGGUGAGCGACGGACCCCGCGGCUCCAGCUCAGGUGUGCCCUACCUGUACUUGACGCGCAUGGAGGUGUCCGUGCAGGACCUGCAGGUGAACCCGCAGGCGUCUUUGUCCAUGUCUCUGGCUCAGACUGGUUAUUGUCGCCAGCAAGGAUUCGACCCUCAGAGUCCACUCUGUGCUCACAUCAUUCUGUCUGGAUCUGUGCUGGAGGUGAAUGGCACGGAGGCUGAGUUUGCUAAAAAAGCACUCUUUGAUCGACACCCUGAGAUGAUUGACUGGCCGUCCGACCACAACUGGUUCUUCGCCAAGUUUAACAUCACACAGGUCUGGGUGCUAGAUUAUUUUGGCGGGGUGAAGACAGUCAGUCCAGAUGAAUACUUCCAAGCUUCCCCAAACGAAAAGCACAAUUAAUUACUAUUAAUAUUCAGUGUGUAGUUCUAUGCCGUGGAUCAUGAUGUGCUUUCUAUACAAAUAUGUCAUGCAAAAUAUCUGUUUGAUUGAUUGAUGGAAACUUUUAUUAGUAGAUUGCACAGUGCGGUACAUAUUCUGUACAAUGUUGUGUGUGUGUGUGUGUGUGUGUGUGUGUGUGUGUGUGUGUGUGUGUGUGUGUGUGUGUGUGUGUGUGUGUGUGUGUGUGUGUGUGUGUGUGUGUGUGUGUGUGUGUGUGUGUGUGUGUGUGUGUGUGUGUGUGUGUGUGUGUGUGUGUGUGUGUGUGUGUGUGUGUGUGUGUGUGUGUGUGUGUGCAAGUGUCAAAGAAUGAAUUUGCAGUUCUAAGGGUGUGCGCUUCUUUUAAAGCCUCAAAGACGGGCGAGGUUUGAUUUGGUCUAAAAAGUGUAACCU